UUGAACAACAAUCUCAUGUGAAAAUGUACACGAGCAGUCACAAAGCAGAGCGGCAUUGUGAGCGUGGCAGCGUCUUUGGAUGGAUGGAAGGCGUGGAGAUGAGAACAUUGAGUUUGUUCUCGACUCUAAGUCAGAGCAUACGCCUCUACUUCUGCAACUGCCGCAGAUUUUACACGGAGAGUUCUCACUUUACCAUGAAAGGAGGCUGACAUACAUGAUGGGUUUAUGAAGGAAAUACGUUUUGAGGAAGUGAAAACGAAAAGUGCGCGCAGAAGGUCCGACAGCAUCAUUGGCGAUAAAAAAAAAAAUAUCAUCACAAAUAACACCCGAGUGCACCACGGGUAUGAAAAACGAAACCUUCUGUCUAUCAUUGGCAUCGCAGGAAGUCCAAUGUUUGUUGAGCACCAUAGUGCUGCUUUGGAGCACAGGUGAUGGGUGGCUGAGCACAGCAGCAGCCCUGCUUGGAGGGUCUAGCCUAUAGCCUCUCUCAGUGACAGGAUGACUAUGCCAGAGAGCACUACAGUUUUCUUUAAUCUGAGCUUCCCUGUGGAGUGGAAUCAGUCUGACUCCAGACCGGAGACCCCUGACAAGGAGAAGAACUGGCCUGCUCUGCUCAUCUUAAUGGUCAUCUUCUUCACUGUGGUGGGCAACAUCCUGCUCAUCCUAGCUGUGUCUCUGGAGAGGAAGCUGCAGAAUGCCACCAGCUUCUUCCUGCGCUCCCUUGCUGUGGCAGACAUGCUUGUGGGUUUUCUCGUCAUGCCGGUCUCACUGAUCAACAUUCUCUAUGACUACGUGUGGCCCUUCCCCAGACCCCUCUGUCCCGUCUGGAUCUACCUAGACGUGCUGUUCUCCACAGCAUCCAUCAUGCACCUGUGCGCCAUCUCACUGGACCGCUAUGUGGGCAUCUGUAACCCCAUCCAACAUAGCCGCUCCAACACCCUCUUCAAGGCCAAGGCUAAGAUCGCCCUCGUCUGGACCAUCUCCAUAGUGAUCUCCACACCCAUCCCUGUGAUUGGCCUGUAUGACGAGGGGAAGGUGUUUGUCAACGGGACCUGUGUACUGAACGAGCACAGCUUCGUCCUGAUUGGCUCCUUCGUAGCCUUCUUUGUCCCUCUGGUCAUCAUGGUGGUCAGCUACUGUUUGACUGUGCGUGUUCUGCAGCACCAAGCUUCUGACUUCCUGCAUGGAGGCCAGGCUUCAAUCAACCAGCCGGCCCUACUCAGGAUCACCCCAAGGUCCCCUGCAGGGGACAGUCUCCGUCUCCUCAAACAGGACCCUGCCCCUGAGGCCUUGCCAGCUGUUGGUUCCUCCGACGUUUCCGUCUCUCAAGCCUCCCUUCAACCCAUCUCUCCAACAGGGAGACAGGAGCCAGGGGGAGCUGGCAUGGCUCAAUCAAUCAAAAAUGAGAAGAGAGCCUCCAUGGUCCUGGGUGUGGUGUUUUUCCUCUUCCUGAUGAUGUGGUGUCCAUUCUUCAUCACCAAUGUGCUGAGCGUGUUGUGUGAGGACUCAAUAAUAAGCCUGUGCAAUAAGCCCGUGUUGGCAGUGCUCCUAAAGGUCUUUGUUUGGGUGGGAUAUGUCUCCUCUGGUGUCAACCCACUGGUCUACACUCUAUUCAACAGGACCUACAGACAGGCCUUCCACCGCUACCUACAGUGUAUCUACCACAGCCCGCCAGCCAAGAGCACCAAGAAUAUUUCUGUUAAUACCGUCACGCCUAUUCUAUGCAGUAAAGAUGCCAACGACUGUAGCUGUAACAGCCACAAUGGGUAUAAAGGGGAAAUGAAAGGAAGAAUGGGGUUGGAUAGAGAGGGUACAGGGUCUGGGAUGCUUGAGAAGUUGGCCAGUGUCUGUCCCACCACCGCUGAGGAAGUCAGCUGUGUCUGAACUGGCUGGCUGACCUACUGUAUUUCCCCUCCAGGCUCUCUACAUACAAAACAUUGUUGUGACACAGCUGUUGCUUCAUGUCACUGCCUGGAUUCUCCAGCUCAUCUUCUUGUUCAAACACAGGAGAUGUACUGGAUUCUCCAGCUCCACUUCCUGUUAAAACACAGGAGAUGUACUGGAUUCUCAAUCUCCACUUCCUGUUCAAACGCAGGAGAUGUACUGGAUUCUCAAUCUUCACUUCCUGUUCAAACACAGGAGAUGUACUGGAUUCUCUAUCUCCACUUCCUGUUCAAACACAGGAGAUGUACUCAAUGUCUCCCUGUUGCUGGACCUGUAAACAUGACUCAGUGAGAUAUGAAAUAGUGUUAAGUCUGCAGAAUUGAUACUGUAUGUGUCAGACAUUAAUUACAGCUAGUGAGUAAUAUGUGUGUAGUCAGUGUGGUUAUUGUAAUGAAAAUGUCCAUUAACUGCACUACUAGUAAAUCAAAAGGUGUUUGCAUCUCUCAACAGGGUUUUGAGGGUCAUUUACAGGAAAACCACUUGCUAUAUCUCUCUGGAAUCCUGGAGCCACAGUGCCACCUAAUGGAAAUAUACUGUACAAUACAUAAAAAUUUAAUUUCUUACUAGAAGUUUUUUUCUGUCUGUAUGAUAGUCAAAGAUAAUAGUCAAUAGUCAAGUCAAAGAUAAUAGUAUUGCACUUGAAUGUGAAACAGAUGUCUUCAUGGACAAGAAGAUGUUUCACUCCCCAUUUACCUCAAGAUUGGUUCAUAUUUCUGACAGAGUGAGGCCAGGAACCAUACCCUAUGAGUAUUUUUUUCUUCUUAAAUCAUAUAUCACAGUCAACUUUUACUAGUUUAUUUUUUAUAUAUUUUUCCCCCUCUGAAAUAUGGUAUUAAAAUAUACAAAUGAGGUGAUAUCUCAUUAAAUAUGCACAUAUUUGCCUAUUAUACAAAGUGAAUUUGGGAAACCCUAGUCUAAGGAUAACCACUGAACAUUUAGUGAAUGCAGAUUCUUCUGAGGCUGAGAACAAUUUGUUGGUGUGUGGAUAGAGUCUGACUUUCAGGAAAUGGCAGUUAAAGACAAACCCUAUGAAUUUAGUCAACCCAACGUCAUACACCCAUUUAGACCCAAUCAUCAUAUCUUCAAGGUAAGUUACUACAUAUAGGCCAGUUUGUAACAUUGAAAUGGGCUUUUAAAUUAUGUGUGAUUCAAUGUAGUGAGUUUUGAAAUGAUGGAUGUAAGUCCAUUUAAGGGGUUACUAUGCAUUUCAUUUUGAUGAUGGUAGUAGUAUGAUAAACUAACAAAAGUAAUAAACAUACAUUUUCAUCUAAUUCUUUUACUUUUUAAUUUAUUGGACCAAAAUACCAAAACAUCUCGAAAUUGAUAAGUAAAUGCAAAAUGUAAUUUUGGCCUGUGGUGCUUAAUAUGAUAUGAUUCUGUGUUUUUCUUCUUCUUCAGUUCUAACGUAUGGGGUUUCUAUUUUCGACUGGCGUUAAAGGCGGCGCUAGUGUCAAACGCAUGUAGUUUGCAAUUUCGUCAUGUGAAAACUUGUGCACUGGCAUUUUCCAGCCCUAACGCCAGGUUUGGCAAUUUACCUGUCUAACAUCACCAUAUUUGAGCCGUGUCCUUAAAAACGUGAUCUUUAAGUGCUAAUUUCCGACAGCGCUGGUAGGGAUAUUUAAGACCAACCAAAAGCUGAUUUUAGCAGUAAAACAGUUGGUUAUGGCAUGAAUU